GAGAGAGAGAGAGAGUAAUGAUCUGAAGACUUGAGAGACAUCACCCACUAUAUAUACACACUCAGAGAUGUAUACACUUUUGUAGCAAUACACCAGAGCGCAAACUCUCUCUCUCUCCUCUUUUUGCCCUAGUGGGGUUUCUGAUCAUCUUGAACGUUUCAUCUCUGUAAUGCGAUCAGUGCUCGAACAUCUACACAAAUUUCUUCUCUUUUUUGUGUUGUUUUUGGUGAUCAUUUCUCUCGAUUUGGGGGUUUAUACUUUGAACCAACAACCAUGCCUACUCUCCUCAAUUACAGUGGGGAUGAUGAAUUCUAUUCUAGGGAGUCAAUCUAUUCCUUGGAUUCAAGCCUCUUGUGUUCUAUUAGUUCCCAUUUGGAUGUGUAUUUGCCGCCUAGCAAACGAGCUCGGAUCAGUUCCCCAUUUGCCUCCUCAGGUAACAUGUUUGAGGAGGAGAGAACCCCAUCUAUUGAUGUUCUUCCUGAUGAAUGCCUCUUCGAGAUUUUCAGACGCCUUCCUGGCGGUCAGGCGAGGAGUGCCUCUGCUUGCGUAUCCAAGCGUUGGCUUAUGCUCUUGAGUGGCAUUCGCAAUUCUGAGAUUUGCAAGAGCAAGAAUGCUCAGAGCAAAGUAAAUGAGUCAUCAAAUGAUGUUGAUAUGAUCUCUGGUAAUGAAGAUCUGGAAAUAGAGAGCGAUGGACACCUUACAAGGUGUUUGGAAGGAAAGAAAGCAACGGAUAUUAGACUCGCUGCUAUUGCAGUUGGAACUUCUAGCCGCGGUGGACUUGGCAAGCUUUCAAUCAGGGGAAGCAACUCUACUUGUAGAGUCACCAACGAUGGUCUCACGGCUAUUGCCCAUGGUUGCCCUUCUUUGAGGGCCCUUUCUCUGUGGAAUGUUCCUUCUAUUGGGGAUGAAGGUAUGUUUGAGAUAGCCAAGGAAUGCCACUUGUUGGAGAAACUCGACCUCUGCCAGUGUCCUUCGAUUUCCAACAAGGGUUUGAUUGCAAUUGCAGAAAAUUCCCCAAAUUUGACUGCUUUAACAAUUGAAUCUUGUCCUAGAAUCGGCAAUGACAGCUUGCAAGCAAUCGGACGGUGCUGCCCAAAGCUGCAGUCCAUCACUAUCAGAGACUGCCCUCAUGUUGGGGAUCAGGGAGUCGCAAGCCUCUUGUCAUCAGCCUCUUCUGUCUUGACAAAAGUAAAGCUUCAGUCUUUGAGCUUCACAGAUUUCUCUCUUGCUGUAAUCGGGCAUUAUGGAAAGGCCAUUACUAGUCUUGUCCUUAGCGGGCUUCAAAACGUGAGUGAAAAGGGUUUUUGGGUCAUGGGUAAUGCUCGGGGUUUGGAGAGACUGGGAUCUCUUACAAUUACUUCCUGUCGGGGCACAACUGAUGUGAGUCUCGAGGCUAUAGGGAAGGGUUGCCCUAACUUGAAACAGAUGUGCCUUCGCAAGUGUUGCUUUGUAUCUGAUAUCGGGCUCGUAGCUUUUGCCAAAGCUGCUGGAUCUCUUGAGAACCUACAAUUGGAGGAGUGCAACAGGCUCACCCAAUCUGGGAUUUUGAGCGCUCUCUCAAAUUGUGGAUCGAAAUUAAAGUCUCUUGCUUUAGUUAAAUGCAUGGGAAUCAAAGAUCUAGCUUCAGAAACACCCUUGCUCACUCCUUGUGAAUCUCUUUGUUCCUUGUCCAUACGAAGCUGCCCGGGGUUUGGUGAUGCUAGCUUGGCUGUGGUGGGGAAGUUGUGCCCUCAGCUACAUCAUGUAGAUCUGAGCGGACUUUAUGGAAUAACUGAUUCCGGACUUCUUCCACUUGUUGAGAGCUGCGAGGCAGGACUUGUUACAGUGAAUCUCAGCGGUUGCUUGAAUUUGACAGAUAAAGUGGUUUCAAUCAUGGCUAGGCUACACAGUGAAACCCUAGAAGUGCUGAAUCUUGAUGGUUGUAGUAAGGUUACUGAUGCAAGCCUUGUAGCAAUUGCAGACAACUGCCUAGUAUUAAAUGAUCUCGAUGUGUCAAAGUGUUCGAUCACCGAUUCUGGCAUCGCUGCUUUGUCUCAUGGAGACCAGCUGAAUCUACAGAUCAUUUCCCUCUCUGGCUGCUCUAAGGUAUCGAACAAGAGUAUAAAUUUCCUGAGAAAAUUGGGCGAGAAUCUGGUGGGGUUAAAUCUUCAACACUGCAAUUCAAUCAGCACCACCACCGUUGAACAACUCAUGGAGAGCUUGUGGAAAUGUGAUAUCCUCUCCUAAAUCAAAGUCUUGAAUCAAUCAGUGUGAAAAGUUAGUAGCUAACAGAAAAGCCUAUAGCUUUUAACAUGCGUAUAGCAACACACUAGCUAGUUUUUAGUACAUCAGAGGCGAGCCCUCUUGAUCACCCGGUGGCUUGGUUGUUUUCCAGAGGACUUUGGCAUUUCUCUUUUCCACCCUUUUUUUCAGGUUCGCCUGUUUCAAUUUCACAGCCAUGGUUCUCUGAGAAAUACAGUUACUGAGUCCCGGUUUCAGGUACUUUUGCUCGGUCAGUUGGUCCUUCCUGGUGUGCCUUUAUAGUGUUGCUCUACUUUCAGUCCUACAAAUAGUCUGUUUUCUGAAUAUAUGUCAGUUUUUAGUGUCCUUCAGAGUUUUCCAUGCCUUUAACACCUUAUGGGUGUUUUGUCUGAGAUUACUUCUUGGAGUGGUUGUUUGGGGCAGUUCCAAGUGUUUGGUUCCUCAGAAUUCAUCUGCCUCGGCCUUGGCCAUGGAGGCUAGGUCAUGAUAACCUUGUUUUGGUUGUUUUUUGUUUUUUUUUUUUAAUACCGGGUUGGAGUUUUUUUUAUGGGAUUUUCGAGUCCUGUUUUUGCAGGUCUCCUCUGCUUGUGAAUUGUAUCUGGCAGCUACUCUGUUGAAAUGGAAUGAAAUUGUGUUUUUGUGAAUCA